AUGAAUUCACUCAAAGCACAAAUUCUUAAACCAACACCGGAAAACUUUUUGUUUUGCUCCCAAGUUUUGCAUAAUGGGGGUCUGGUGAGUUUUCCUACAGAGACUGUGUAUGGUUUAGGUGCCAAUGCACUCAAUCGAGAUGCCGUUUGUGAUAUUUUUAAAGCCAAGAACCGUCCCUUUAACGAUCCCGUCAUUGUCCAUGUUCUUUCCGAGGAAGAUGCAGAGCGAUACAUCGAUGUGAGCAACGAAGAACGAAGAAUUUUCCAUUCCCUCGCAACUUCCUUUUGGCCAGGUCCUUUAACGAUUGUAAUGAAAGCAAAGGAAAUUCUUCCAAAAGAACUUUCUGCAGGAACAGGCAAGGUCGGGUUCCGCUGUCCCAGCCAGCCACUAGCCCGCGAAUUGCUCCGCGUUUCGGGACUUCCGAUCGCCGCUCCCUCAGCGAACAAAUUCGGUCAUAUUUCUCCUACCCGUGCUGAGCACGUGUACAGCGACCUCUCGGAUUGGCCAGUGCAGAUCAUUGACGGUGGGGACAUUGUGUGCGAUGUGGGAAUCGAAAGCACAGUGAUCGGAAUCGACUGCGAAAAGCAGCAAAUCGUGCUGUUUCGACGCGGAGGCGUGUCCGAACAUGCGAUUAUGUCGUGUUUGCAGGAGAACGGAAUGGCAUGGAGUGUGUGGGAGCCCGUGAAACACGUGGCGAUGGAGAUGAAAGAGGCCCAAGUGGCCCCGGGGCAGCUGAUUACGCACUACGCCCCGUAUUGUGACACUUUUCUUGCGGAGGUGGAUCCGAAGGCGAUGAUGCCACAAAUCGUGCGAGAGAGGAUUGAAAGCACAGUGGUGUUGGAUUUUGCAGGGAUGCUGGAAGGCUAUCGAGAGCGCUGCUUGAAGUUUUUGUCGCUAUCGGAGAAAGGCGAUGUGAUGGAGGCUAUGAAGAAUAUUUAUGGAAAGCUGAGAGAGGCGGAGAGAGUGGAGGGAGUGAAGUUGAUUCUACUGGCGAGCUUGGGGCAGAGGAAGGAGGAAUUGGCUCUGUCAGUGAUGGAUCGAAUGGUGCGAGCAACGUCAGGGAAGAUGAUAAAGAUUCCGCCUCGUUUUGAGUGA